AUGUAUGCUCAACUUUUCGCAGCUCUAUUUGCUCUCCAUGUCCUCGCCGCGCCGCAGCUGGCAAGGGAAUCGCAUUCUCCCGCGGAGAGCGACAUCCUGUUGAUCGAUGGCGCCCAGGUUGAUAGCGCCGUCCUGACGCCGCCGAUGCUUGACAUUUUCUUCAACGAUAUCUUCUUCAGUGACGAAAACCAGCUGUCCAAUUUGACUAUGCCAGAUAACUUCACCACAUCAACACAACAGCCGGGGCAACAGCCGGUCCGUCGCCAGCUCGGCCCGGCCCCCGAGAUGAUCAGCGCAGAAGAGGCCGCCAACAUAAAGGCGUCGCAAAACAGAAAAGGGAUUUUUUACCGCGGCGACUCACGCCGUCCAGAAAUCAUCUUCAAAGAAGGGUUCCGGCCACAGGGCAGCGAUAUGAGCCUAAAAAACCACCUCAGCUUUGCGGGCAACUCAGGAUACGUCUCACUCAGCCGAUCGCGAGAGGCAGCCGGAAGGUAUGCCUUUGGUAGGACAGGCGAGAAGAUGACCACGGGUUAUAUCUACAUAGUGGUGCCGAAGGAUGUUUCUAACGGGUACUGGAUUCCCGGUAUCUACCCCAAUGACGGGGCUGCACGUUUCAACCAAGAGUUUGCGGCAUCCGGCCCUGUCCCCGGAGACAGCAUCUCGCACGCAUACGAGAUCCAUGAGGACAAGCCCACAGCCCGGGGUAAGAAGAUUAAGAAUCCGAACUACUCGCUCCAGUCGUCUCCCUCUUGCUGGGGAAGGCAGCGCGGUGUCUGCGACCCAGCAAAGUAUAACCGCAAGCCAUCGUCAGGCGGCAGACUCAAGUCCAAGGUGGCUAAGACUUUCCGGAUCGGCGGCAAGGCUGGAACAGCCGUGGCCUUUGCUGCGCUCCUCCCCUACGCCCAUGACAUCCUCAACUUCAUCAAGGACUGGGAUCACCCGAUCGGGCACUCGGUCAAGUGGCUUGACAGCGCCAUAUCUAGCGUGCAGGAGCGCAUCGGUGGGCCGCAAGUGCCUGAGAUUUACGGCAACGAGCUCAAACUGCGGAUCAUCUGCGCGUUGCGUGGCAGGCAGUCUCCCGCAGACCGUGUUGAGCAGGGUUGCGCGCGGCUGCGGGGAGAGGCUCCGGACGAGCAGCCGCCGGCGCAUCCGGGCCGUAACGAGAGGCUGGAAAGUAUAAACUUCGUGCUCGACGCCUGCGAGAAAUUGGACCAGCCAGACGAGGAGCUUGAAAGCGAAGAGUGGCAGGAUGAGGUAUUGGAGAACUGCGACGUGCUCCGCAGUGAGGCUGAAAAGAUUGCAUGUUAA